CCUGACCCCUGUCUCCCUGCCUCUCUUCUCUCCCUGCUUCCCCCCACACACACACCCCCCAGCCCCGCCGGGUCUGGCCACUUCCGCUUCCGCUCAGACAGAAUUGAGGUCGCCACCAUGACUCGCUUCCCGUUCAUCGAUAUUGGUGUCAACAUGCUGAUCCUAUGUUCAGAGGAAUUUACAGAGGAGUUCAAAAACACCAAGAUGAUUUCCUGGAUAUAAUAGAAAGAGCAGUCCAAACUGGUGUUAAAAAGUUUAUGAUUACAGGUGGAAGUCUACAAGACAGUAAAGAUGCCCUGAAUUUGGCAAAGACAAAUGAUAUGUUUUACAGCACAGUUGGAUGUCAUCCUACCCGCUGUGGAGAAUUUGAAAAGAAUAAUCCUGACCUUUACUUAACUGAGCUGCUAAAUCUUGCUGAAAAUAAUAAAGGAAAAGUUGUAGCAAUAGGGGAAUGUGGACUAGAUUUUGAUAGAUUACAGUUUUGUCCCAAAGAUACACAACUCAAGUACUUUGAAAAACAGUUUGAACUGUCAGAACAAACAAAGCUACCAAUGUUUCUUCAUUGUAGAAAUUCACACACUGAAUUUUUGGACUUGAUGAAGAAAAACAGAGACAGAUGUGUGGGAGGAGUGGUACAUUCAUUUGAUGGCACAAAGGAAGAAGCUGCGUUAAUUGACAUGAAUCUUUACAUAGGAAUUAAUGGUUGCUCACUGAAAACUGAGGCCAACCUAGAAGUAUUAAAGUCAAUACCUGGUGAAAAAUUAAUGAUAGAGACUGAUGCUCCUUGGUGUGGAGUCAAAAAUACUCAUGCAGGAAUAAAAUAUGUAAGAACUUUAUUUCACAAAAAGAAAUGGGAAAGUGGGAGUUGUUUGAAGGACAGAAAUGAACCUUGUAACAUUAUUCAGAUUCUGGAGAUAAUGGCAGCAGUAAGAGAUGAUGACCCACUUGAAUUGGCCAAUACACUGUAUAACAACACCAUUAAAAUCUUCUUUAAAGACAUGUAAAGCAACUAUUUGCCAUAUGUGUUUCAUCAUGUAUGUAAAACUGCAUGGUAAAACUUCAAUAAAAGUAUGAAACUUA